AGUCGAACGACUGUAAUCCCAUCAGCUCUCGCUCUCUCGUGCACGACACGAGAAGUGUUGGCACAUGGAAAUGGGAGGGAUUCUGGGAGCCUUCGUGUUGCUUUGAAGCCGUAGGGUGGCGGCCACCUCCCCCCGCCCCCUUCCCACUACAUCACUUUUUCUAACCUGCGUACAGUGGAAGUGGCUUCUGUUUGCAGUCAAAAGGCAGGACUUGUGAUAGUUGUCAGGUGUAUUCCCUUUUUUGUCCGAGUGCGGAAACAGUUAGCGGGCAGCCAUGGCGCACGCCGCCGCCCACAUUAAGAAGGCCAGGUCUGAGAUGGAUCCACCUGCGGACCUGAAGGCGCUGGAAAAAGCGAAGGAGAGAAGACGGCGAUCCCGAGAGCAGGCGGAACGAAAGCGCAAGUCCGACAGCAACACCAGCUUCCUGCGUGCGGCCAGAGCGGGGAACGUCGACAAGGUGUUGGAAUAUCUGAAAGGGGGCGUCGACAUCAACACCAGCAAUCAGAAUGGACUUAAUGCACUGCACCUGGCAGCCAAGGAAGGCCAUGUAGAGCUUGUUCAGGAGCUGCUGGAAAGGGGAGUUGCAUUGAAUUCUGCAACAAAAAAAGGAAACACUGCUCUGCACAUCUCCUCUUUAGCUGGCCAGGCUGAAGUGGUGAAGAUUCUGGUCAAACAAGGUGCGGAUAUAAACACGCAGUCUCAGAAUGGAUUCACUCCUCUCUACAUGGCUGCCCAGGAGAACCACUUGGAUGUGGUGCGAUACCUUCUGGAGAACGGAGGCAACCAGAGUACUGCCACGGAGGAUGGCUUCACGCCUCUGGCCAUUGCCCUUCAGCAAGGCCACAACCAAGUGGUUUCAAUCUUACUGGAGAACGACACGAAAGGGAAGGUCCGAUUGCCUGCCUUGCAUAUCGCGGCCCGCAAAGACGACACCAAAUCGGCGGCCCUGCUUCUCCAGAACGACCACAACGCUGAUGUCCAGUCCAAGAUGAUGGUCAAUAGAACUACUGAGAGUGGAUUCACCCCGCUGCAUAUCGCUGCCCACUAUGGAAAUGUCAACGUGGCCACACUCCUACUGAACCGAGGGGCUGCUGUCGACUUCCUCGCCAGGAACGGCAUCACCCCCCUUCACGUGGCAUCCAAGCGAGGCAACACGAACAUGGUUUGCCUGCUGCUGGAUCGUGGCUCUCAGAUAGACGCCAAAACGAGGGAUGGCCUGACCCCGCUCCACUGCGCGGCGCGGAGCGGACACGAAACGGCCGUUGAGCUCCUCCUGGAGAGAGGAGCGCCUCUGCUUGCCAGGACCAAGAAUGGCUUGUCUCCCCUCCACAUGGCGACGCAAGGCGAUCACGUGGAGUGCGUCAAACACCUUCUGCAGCACAAGGCGCCCAUCGGCGACGUGACUCUGGACUACCUGACAGCUUUACACGUGGCCGCCCACUGCGGCCACUACCGAGUUACCAAGCUUCUUUUGGACAAGAGGGCCAACCCUAAUGCCCGGGCAUUGAAUGGUUUUACUCCAUUGCACAUAGCCUGUAAGAAGAACCGGGUGAAAGUCAUGGAGUUGCUGGUGAAAUAUGGAGCCUCAAUCCAGGCCAUUACAGAGUCCGGUUUGACGCCCAUCCACGUAGCAGCCUUCAUGGGUCACCUCAACAUAGUUCUCCUGCUGCUGCAAAACGGGGCUUCUCCAGACAGGAGCAACAUCCGUGGCGAAACCGCGUUACACAUGGCGACCAGGGCCGGUCAGGUGGAGGUGGUUCGAUGUCUACUGAGGAACGGCGCAAUGGUAGACGCCAGGGCUCGGGAAGACCAGACCCCGCUCCACAUUGCUGCCCGGCUGGGGAAAACCGAGAUUGUCCAGCUACUGCUGCAACACAUGGCCCACCCUGAUGCGGCCACAGCCAACGGCUACACUCCGCUUCACAUCGCCGCCAAGGAGGGCCAGGUGGAGACCGCCUCAGUCCUGCUGGAGGCGGGCGCGUCGCACUCGCUGGCCACAAAGAAAGGAUUUACUCCCCUUCAUGUUGCCUCAAAGUACGGAAGCCUAGAUGUGGCCAAACUUCUGCUGCAGCGUUGUGCGCCGCCUGAUUCUGCAGGGAAGAAUGGCCUCACUCCGCUCCACGUUGCAGCACAUUAUGACAACCAGAAGGUGGCGCUUCUGCUCCUGGACAAGGGAGCGUCCCCGCACACGAUUGUCAAGAAUGGCUACACGCCUCUCCACAUCGUGGCCAAGAAAAACCAAAUAGACAUCGCGGCAGUUCUGCUGAAUUACGGGGCCGAGACCAACGUCCUGACCAAACAGGGCGUCACGCCGCUCCAUUUGGCUUCGGAGGAGGGCCACGCUGACAUGGCUGUGCUGCUCCUGAGUAAGGGAGCUCAUGUCAAUACGCCCACUAAGUGUGGCCUUACCGCCAUUCAUUUGGCAGCACAAGAUGAUAAAGUUGCUGUUGCAGAGAUCCUUGCCAGAAAUGGAGCCAAUCUCAACCAGCAGACCAAACUGGGCUACACUCCACUAAUUGUUGCAUGUCACUAUGGAAACACCAAGAUGGUCAACUUCCUUCUUCAAAACGGCGCCAGCGUGACAGUGAAGACCAAGAACGGAUACAGCCCACUUCACCAGGCGGCCCAGCAGGGCAACACGCACAUCAUCAACAUACUUUUGCAGUACGGGGCCAAGCCAAACGCUGUCACUGUGAACGGAAACACCGCUCUGGGUAUUGCUCGAAGGCUGGGCUACAUCUCUGUUGUGGACACGCUGAAGGUCGUCACAGAGGAGAUCAUCACCACCACAACGACGGUGACAGAGAAACAUAAACUAAAUGUGCCAGAAACAAUGACUGAAGUACUGGAUGUCUCGGAUGAAGAAGGCGAUGACACCAUGACUGGUGACGGAGGAGAAUAUUUCAGAGCUGAAGACCUCAGAGAGCUUGGAGAUGAUUCACUGCCAGGACAGUAUCUGGAUAACAUGAACUACCUGUGCUUCAGCAACGAGGGGGCGCACACUGGCAGUUCAGAACGGUCGUUCACCCCCACGCGUCAAAGCUACUACCACAAACAAGAAAGUAUGAUGGAUGAAAUGCUCAACUGUCAGAUGUCAUCAAGGGAAAAUGAGAGCGACUCCUACCGACUGAGUUGGGGGACAGAGAAUUUAGACAACAUAGCUUUAUCUUCCAGUCCACUUCACUCUGGCCGUUCUUCUCCGUGCCGUGAUCAUAAGGACCACAGCAGCUUCCUGGUUAGCUUCAUGGUGGAUGCAAGGGGCGGCUCCAUGCAGGGCUGUCGCCACAAUGGCUUGCGCAUCAUCAUCCCGCCUGGGAAGUGCAGCGCUCCCACACGAGUGACCUGCAGGCUGGUGAAAAGGCACCGCCUGGCCAGCAUGCCCCCCAUUGUUGAAGGCGAGGGUCUCGCCAGCAGGUUUAUUGAGGUGGCACCGUUUGGAGGCCAGCUUCUUGGUAAGCUCCACCUCCCCAGCGCCCCGCCACCUCUCAAUGAAGGCGAGAGUUUGGUGAGCAGAAUCCUCCAGCUUGGCCCGCCGGGGACAAAUUUCCUCGGUCCUGUAAUUGUGGAGGUGCCCCACUUUGCCGCGCUGCGCGGGGGCGAGCGGGAGCUUGUCAUCUUGAGGAGUGAGACUGGAGAGAGCUGGAAGGAGCAUCACUGUGAACACACCCAGGAAGAACUCAACCAGAUCCUCAACAGCAUGGAUGAAGAGCUGGACUCUCAGGAGGAGCUCCAGAAGAAGCGCAUUUGCCGCAUCAUCACCAGGGAUGUCCCACAAUACUUUGCGGUCGUGUCGCGUAUUAGGCAAGACAGUAUUCUGAUUGGUCCGGAAGGAGGCGUCCUGAGCAGCACAGUUGUGUCCCAAGUGAGAGCAGUUUUUCCUGAGGGGGCCCUCACCAAAAGGAUCAGGGUGGGCCUGCAGGCCCAGACAGUGAAUUUGGAUAUCGUCAGGAGGGCUCUUGGGAACAAGUCCAGCUUCAGCCCCAUCGUCACUUUGGAGCCCCGACGAAGGAAGUUUCAUAAACCCAUAACCGUGACAAUCCCGGUCCCGAAAGGCAACUGUGACCCAGUCCUUCACGGUUUAGGACGGGACACCCCAACCUUACGCCUGCUCUGCAGUAUCACAGGUGGAACAACACCAGCCCAGUGGGAGGACAUAACAGGAACCACUCCCUUAACAUUUGACAGUGACCGCGUCUCCUUCACUACAAACGUUUCUGCUAGAUUUUGGCUAAUAGACUGCCGGCAAGUCCAGGAAUCUGUCAACUUCUCCUCUCAAGUUUACCGGGAGAUCAUCUGUGUGCCUUACAUGGCUAAGUUUGUCAUCUUUGCCAAAACCCCCGACCCCAUCGAGGGCCACCUGCGUUGCUUCUGCAUGACCGAUGACAAGACUGACAAAACGCUGGAGCAGCAAGAGAACUUCACGGAGGUGGCCCGCAGUCGAGAUGUAGAGGUUCUAGAAGGAAAGCCCAUCUAUGCAGAUUGCUGUGGAAACUUUGUUCCCCUCACCAAAAGUGGCCAGCAUCAUCUCUUCAGCUUUUUUGCCUUCAAAGAGAACCGACUAACGCUUUUCAUCAAAAUCAGAGACAACACCCAGGAGCUUUGCGGCCGCUUGUGUUUUCUGAAGGAACCCCGGAGUCACAGGUUACUCGCCCACAACGCCAUAUGCAACCUCAACAUCACCCUGCCGUCCUACUGCAAGGAGUCUGAUUCAGAUCAAGAUGAAGAGGUCAACACAACACAAGAGAGAUCAGUCAUCUACGAAGACCCAGAGGAAGAUGAUACAUCAGACAGCAGUGAAGCUCAGAAAAGAGUUACCGCUAAAAUGAAAUCGGUUGAUGAGAUGGAGGGGGACGUAGAGUUCCCAAGGGACACGCAAUGUAAAUUUGGGGUGAAAAGACUCACUGAGGAAACAGGGUUACCUCUUCUCUCUGUCUCCCAUAUUAAAGUUCCCUCUUCUUUUUCAGCAGGUGUGCAUGAUGGCGCCAAUGCAAAAGAUCUCCACAACAAAACAGCUAGUAUGAGUCAAGAGGAAGCCCAGACAGACCUCUCAAAACUCAAUCUGGAAACGGCACCGCAACCAACAGUUCCGCCACCUGUUGAUGCUGGUACACACAGACCUUCCAAAGCAGCUCUAACACCAAACACAGAAAAUAGAACCGAUGAGCAAAAGGAGGACUGCUUACGGAAGUCAAGAGAAAUUGUUCCAGAAUUAGGGGUUGCCCGAUUUACAACCUAUACACCAGCUAGUAACGUAACAGAUGAAGUCAAAGCUGCGCCGGAGGUUGGACUUGUCACACUUAGUGAAACAAAGGAAACUUUUAAACCAGAGUUCUGUAUCUAUGACGAUACAGAGGAGGAUGAACUUGAACAUCCCAGAACUGAGUCUAAAGGUGUCACUGCGAGGGUGGACGCGGCGUACUCGUGGUCUGCCAUGCUGGACAAUGAUGAUGCUUUUGAAGCUCAUUUCAAAGUCGAGGAAGAGAAGGUGGUAGACUCUCAGUCUCUGCCAGGGACACCAGACACAACACCGGGUAAAACACCAACUGAGGAGAGCACACCAACAAGUGAAACCAACCCUUUUCUCUUCCAGGAAGGAAAGCUUUUUGAAAUGACCCGAAGCGGUGCCAUUGAUAUGACCAAAAGGAGCUGCGAGCAAGACGGUGGCAGAUUCGCUUUUUUCCAAAUUGGUGAACACCCGCACGAGGAGCCCGUAUUGGAAAACGGCAAGGAAGAAUGCAGGGCGUCAGCAGCACAACAGGAAGUCGCCCUCAAUCUAAAACUUGAUGUCAAGAUUAAGGAGCAGACUGAAGAAACCGUAAACUCACAGCUUCAGUUGGCAACCGAGGUUGAUCAGGCAUCCGCCAAAUCAAAAAUCCCCAAAAUGGGCCUUUCAGCUUCAGCCAAGCCUGUUGCCAAAGAUCAACCAAAUCCAGAAUGUCGAGCGGCUGAAACAGACCACAGUAUAAAUAGAGCAUCCUCCGAUUUAGAUUCAAGCUCCACUGAUCAAAUGAUUAUGAAUGUAGAGACAGCAGAAACUACAGUUACUAGAUCGAUAUACGCUGAGCAGGGAAGAGAGUCAUCCGAUUCCUCUCCAGAUGAAUCAAAGUCAGUGAUACAGCCCCCCAAUUCGACUGAAGCGCCCCAGAAAAGCGCCUCCAGUCCUGAUCCCCUCAAAAUCCAAUCUAAGCCAUCCCAUCAAGUUAAAAAUAAAACGGCUACUGCCAUUGUAUCGAAAUCGCGAAUUCCCAUCAAAUUGAAGUCUCUCAAACCAGAACCUUUGGCCAAAUCCGCUGAAGACAAAAAACCCGGAGGGCGUACAAACAGGGAUGCACAGAGAAAGUCUGAAAUGGACACAGGCACUUGUGUGGAUGUCAAGACUAAAAUGUCCACCGAGAGCCUCUCUGACGGGGCCUCGACCAGGCCAACUCCAAAUAAAGGAGAGUCAAAACCAAAAGUCUUCCAGUCGAGAUUGCCCAUCAAAGGUAAAAGUGGCCUAUCUUCUCAAUCGUCAACACCCAGUAAAGAUAGAAGCAAGGCACGCAAGCACUCUGCUGAAGCUUUCGAAGAGAUCAGUGACGAGGCCGCAAAGCUCGUGGAAAGGCUGGCCGAGGCGAAGAAAGACGCCGACGACGCCUCAGAGGACGAGAGGAGUCUUAUCGAUCCGUCGGUAAUCAAAAGAGACUCAUUCGGCGAUAUGCACUCCCUGCCCUCGGGAGAGGACAUUGCUAUUGGACGGCGGCGCGGCAAUACUGUUGAGACACAGAUGCGGCAAAUCACGGCCGGGAGAGCUCAAAGUCAAGACGCACAAGCUGGAGCGGAGAGCAAAAAGCAAACGUUGUCGAUGAUCGCUGACCACCUGGGCUUCAGCUGGGAAGAGUUGGCACGAGAACUGGAAUUCAGUGAGGAGAGGAUCAACUUGAUAAGGACUGAAAACCCAGAUUCCUUGCAAGACCAAAGUUACGCCCUUUUGGAUCUUUGGACCUCGGGAGAGGGGAUAGAUGCCACAGAAACGGCACUCAUCAAGAGACUCAGCGAGAUCAACCGCAUGGACAUCGUUCACCUGAUCAAAAACCGAGCGACGCCGUCAGCACAGGAGGGCUCAUCGGACACCGCCGCAAUGAAACCCGAACGGCAAAACGAGACGGACACAACACGCAGUGGACAAAGCACGCCUGAAGAUUCAGUGGAACAAACAGGCAGUCUGAAACAGCAGACGCCGGGUGCCGCGCCACCGUCGCGGUUCGAGGUGGAGCCCGCCAUGGAUCGAAAAGUGGGCAAGGUCGUCAAGACGACAGUGACGACCCGACGACGGUCGCAGGACACGAGCAGGGAACACUUGGAGAAGGUUAGCAAAAAACUGUCGCCACUACGUCACAAGUAGCGAGGGUUUAGUUUUUUUGCCAUUUUAUUGUAACAGUACAUCUUCGCCACAAAUGAAUUUUUUCUUUUCUUCAUUUCUGGCUUUCUUAUGUCAUUACAUCUUUAUUUUCGGAACAUUGUUACUUUUUUUAUUAUUAUAUUACGAAUUUAUUUCUGUAACAAUGCAGCUUUUUUCCUAAAUAUGACUUCAUUCACAUACGAUUCCAACUUUUGUCUGUAACUUAUUCGGGCUUUACUCUCGUAAGAUUACUACUUUUUUCUUAUUACAACUUUAUUUCUACAACAAUGCAUCUAUUUUUUGUAAUAUACAGACUAUUCUCAUAAUUUGUCAUCCUUUUUUCCCUCCCAAUAUUCCAACUUUAUUCUCAUAACAUUGCAACUUUUUUUUGCAGUAUUAUGACUUGUACGUUUUCUCGUAAUAUUCCAAAUGUAUUCUGCUAAUCUUCCAACUUUAUCCUCAUGACAUGAAUUCUCCCCGUAACUUUUUUUUUUUUUUUUUUAAAUAAAACCACAAUUUCUUUACAUUCUCUUUUAUCGUCAUUUAUUUUGUUUUUAUACAGUACGGUGGCAUUUUUGUGGGACUGUAACAAAUUAACAGCAUUUCAAUUCAUUUUAACGGAGAUAAUUGAUUUUAUAUCCAACUAAAUGUGAGUUUUGAGCUUGGUCACGGAAUAAAAUAAACUCAAGCCAAGGUACAGCUUUAUUUCAUCUUUUCUCAUCAUAAUGUUCCAUCAUGUUACAUAUUUUUCCCCCUCAUAUUACGUCUGUAUUCUUGUACCAACUAUUAAUUAAAAGUACGAAUAAACUCAUUCAGUCAUAUGAACUCAUUAAUAUUUGAGUACAAAGCAGCAGU